CGGGGCCGCGCGGUGGCCAUGGGAACGGGUGGGCGCUGCGGGCCGCGGCCCGGGAAGGGCGCCGAGGGGCCGGCGUCGGCCUGCAUCCGCUACCGCUGCAUCGAGUGCAACCGGGAGGCCCGCGAGCUGUACCGGGACUACAGCCACGGCGUGCUGAAGAUCACCAUCUGCAAAUCCUGCCAGAAGCCAGUAGACAAAUACAUCGAGUAUGAUCCUGUUAUCAUCUUGAUUAACGCUAUUUUAUGCAAAGCCCAGGCCUACAGGCAUAUUCUUUUCAAUACCAAGAUAAAUAUCCACGGGAAGCUCUGUGUGUUCUGUCUGCUUUGUGACGCAUACCUGAGGUGGCGGCAGCUGCAGGAUUCAAACCAGAGCACCGCCCCGGAUGACCUGAUCCGCUACACCAGGGAGUGGGAUUUCUACAGGAUGUUCGCCAUCGCGUCCUUGGAACAAACUGCCUUUUUUCUUGGCAUUUUUGCUUUCGUGUGGCUAGAGCGACCCAAGACAGCAAAGAAGAAGCCCGACUUGUGUCUGCUGCUGAAAGCCCUGCUGUUGUCCAGCUACGGCAAGCUGCUGCUGAUCCCCGCGGUCAUCUGGGAGCACGACUACACGCCGCUGUGCCUCAGGCUCAUCAAAGUCUUCGUCCUGGCGUCACACUUCCAGGCGAUCCGAGUCACCCUGAACAUCAACCGCAAGGUCUCCCUGCUGGCUGUCCUAAGUGGCUCCCUGCUGGAGAGCGCCAUGGUCUACUUCUUCCAGAGGCUGGAGUGGGACGUCAGCACUGACUGUGCCAUCUACAAGUCUCAGGACCUCUGAGCCCGACGACGCCCUGCUGCCCGCGGCAUCCUGCGUGGGGGCAGCAGCGCGCACCCCUGGCCGCCUCGUCAUCACGGACGGGCCUCGGCACUGCGUGAGACGUCACCGGCUGCACCCGGAGAGGAGGCGUCACCAGCACCAGGCCCCUCGCGUCUGAGGUGAAGCUGAGGCCCCUUCUGGCGGUGUGAAGAGAACCCGGCUCCCCCUCUGCCCCCGCAGCACCAGCACUUACAGAGACAGUGCCCCUGGGGAAUCCUUUAAACUCAAAGUUCUCAAAUAUUUUGUGUUCUUACAACAGUGGAAACAUUUUUCUCAAUAAAGUCUUUCAAAAGAAACUAAGAUUUGGUAAAUUGUUUAACUCAGUAA